AUCGAGAACAGUUCCAGCUGGGAAGCCUAUCGCAUUAUUUGAAUCAGCGUUGUGCUCGUUAUCGCGAUUUACCGCAAUUUCCGGAUGUUGCUCCGGACCCAUCAGUAAGGAACACUUUGCAAGUGGAUCAUAUCUGCAAUGAUGUUCGCAUUGCACAUGAAGCUGAUGUUGAAGAGGAAGAGGAGGAUGAAGAAGAGGACGAGGAUGAGGAAGAUUUUUAUUCGGAUGACGAUGAAGAAAGUGAUGUUGAGCAAAGUGACGAAGAACAUGGAGGUGCUGAAGCUGAGGAUGAAGAAAGUGAAGAAGCCGAAGGUGAAGAAGAGGACGAGGAAGGGGAGUGCGAAGAUGUUGCAAGCAAGAUUGAUGAUCAAACUGUCGUCACUCAAACGGUUCAACCAGAAAAAACAGGCAACCUCGAUUUAUUGCUAGACCUGAACUUUGAUCCGUUGCCCGUCACAGCUGGAACCGUUGUGGAAGCGAAAUUGCUGAAAAAAUCCUUCGUGCCACUUCUCAGUCAUGCAGCAUGGCCAGUUGGAGUUGCCGUUGAUCUGUGCUUUCCACGUGAAGGCAAAUCCCCGUUCUCGUCGUCGAUGUGUACUGUUUUAUUGAAGUUCACAAAUCGCUCGGGUGUUACGUCGCCUGUAAUCACAGCGACACCA